GCCGGCUCGCGGGAGGGGAGUGUUCCGCCUUCCCGCGCGGGGAGCGUACUGGGGGUUCCCUUUUGCCCCGCCCCCUGGGGCUCCCCCGCCACGUGAAAGGGGACGUGGCUGCCUUGUCAGGGGGCGAUGCCCAGUAGGAAGCGGAAGCGAUUUUGGAAUGCAGAAUGCACACCCUUCCCAGAUGAGAGACCCCUACAACUGAAAAAAUCAAAUGUCAGGACAUCAGUGGCUGCUACUUCGAUUUCCAACGCGUGGCUUAGGUGUGGGGAUGGUUUUCAGAGCACUUCAGCGCUGGAGUCCCUGAGACCUACUGGUAAGAAAUCCAGGAUUAAGAAGCAUCUUGGACCACUGUUAGCAUCUGUUGAAAGUGCAGCAGGAUCUGCUGCUGCUGAAAGCUCUAAGGAGGCUGAGGACAUAAUAUGGACCUCUAGUGGCAGUGAUUUUUCAGAUGAUGAAAAUAAAACAUCAAUUCCAAGGUUACACAGCAAAAAAAGUUACGCUUCCAAAACAGAGAAAUCACCUAGCAGCCAUGAUUUAUUGUUAGAGGACAGUAGUAGUGAAGAUGAACCAGAGUUCAUUGAUUGGGAGAAGGAUAGUGAUUCUACCGAUAGGUGUGAUGGAUCAGAAAAAGAUGACAGCUCACUGGAGAUAUCAGACUCAGACUCCUGCACAAAUCUUAAUUCUCUGCCUGUCAAAGAGGAGAAUGAUGAGCUUUCUAAGACAACUUCGACAGAAAUUUCUGAGUAUUCAUCUGAUAAUGACAGUGUGGGAGGAGAGACGAGCCUGGCGACCACUGCUCCAGUAUCUGCUAAGAGAUUAUGGUCGAGGUCAGGAGUGGACACGGGGGAUGUUACAGCACGACCGGCCAGUGAGUGGCUGAGGUCUGCAGAGGCCCUUCUCCGCACCCCCGGGAAGCAGGUGGGCAAGGCCUCCCGAGCCCCCACCGAGUCCGUGAAGAAGAGGAAGCUAGUGAGGGGCGGGCUAGCUGAGAGGUUAUGUCGACUGCAGAACAGAGAAAGAGCUGCCAUUAGCUUUUGGAGGCAUCAGUGUAUUGCAGAUGCUAAAAUUCCCUCAGAUAAAUCUGGUGUCUUAAUUGUGAAGGUCUUGGAAAUGUUUGAGGAGUGUACAAUACAAGUUGCCAUCUGCCAGCAGCUGGAACAGUCUCCUGCUACGCUUUCAUCCAAAGAUGCUGUCAUCAAUGCAGGAGAACCAAUACUCAAAGUCCUUUUUGCGAGAGAGACAGCAGCUCACCUGAGGAGCAGGCCACAGGAUGUCAUCCACAUCUACCCUCCGUGGCAAAAACUGCUUCUCAAAAAUGCAGAUGUUCCUGUUAUCAUGAAUACAUAUUUUAGUCAGAAGGUGCUACUCAGUGAACAUUCAGAAACAAGAGAGAAGACACAUGGUCUUACGAAGAUGCCUAUUAGGAAGAAUAUUCUGUCUUUGGCACAGACAUUCAGACUAGAUGACGCUGAUGAUGAGUUACACCAGGAAUCUUCAGAUAAUCAGGUUUCUUGUGCUCCACAAAUCCACAACUGUGAUUCAAAACAGCAUCCCUUAGCACAGACUGGUGCUGUUAAUGAUUCUCUGCUUGAAAUGGUGGAAAGCCAGGGAGCAGUGGGAUGGAGAGAAGCGCAGGUACAAGUCGUUAUCCAAAGGGUGUACUGUUUGCCUGCAAGAGAAGGUUACAGAAGCCACGUUCAAGGAAACAAGCCUCUUUGUGCAACACCCGUCAUAAAUUCAGAUCCGCCAAAUGUUAGGUUAUGCCUCCUUGUCCAGGAUGCCUAUGGUAUGUUCAGCGAAGUGCAGUUGCAAUCCCUGAGUUCUGCAGAUGACAUCGAGGAGUAUUGCAGGAGGUGGGAAGGAAAAUUCUGCUGCUUAUCCAGAAUGAAAAUUUUACAAAGAACUACAAGAGGAAGGGCGUUAGGACUUUUUAGUCUGAUAGACAGUCUGUGGCCUCCAGUAGUGCCUGUAAAAGUUCCUGGACAAAGUCAAGACUCUGAAAUGAUGACAACUAAUCUGCCUCCUCCCAGCUUCUGUUAUAUUCUUACUGUUCAGUCUGGUGAAAUACAUGUGGAAGUGGAUGAGGAAGAACAGAUUUCUAAUUUGUACCAGCCACCAGCUGUUCAUGGUCUAAAGGAAAUUCUUCAGAUCAAUGGCUGUAAUGAACGUUGUAGCUUUUGGGCGCAAGUGCUAUAUCUAAGACUGCAGACAAAACACAAUGUUCCUAUAAAUCAAAGAGAGAUUUGGUUGUUUGUGACUGACUCCACAUUGCAAAAUGUGGUUCAUAUCACUCCAAAAGUUGUUGCUGUGUCAGUCACUGCAUCGUGUGUUCUCAGUACAGAAAUCACAGAAGCCCUCGGUGUUGCCUCACAACUCAUCUUCUUCAAGGAUGCACUGUGGGGAAAUGGUAGGAUUAUUUGUGUUGAACGUACUGUUCUCUUAUUACAAAAGCCUCUUUUGUGCUCGGCUGCCGGUGCUGACCUCAGUGAGCUGACUGGCCCUGUCAGACUCGAUGAGCUGGAUUCUACGACACAGGCCAACUCCAUUUGUGCUGUAAGAGGUACUGUUGUUGGAGUUAAUGAGAGCACUGCUUUCUCCUGGCCUACAUGUGACAGAUGUGGCAAUGGAAAGUUGGAACUGUGUCCCCAGGACAGAGGAUUGCUAUAUUGCAAUCAGUGCUCUGAAGUUGUCGUUUCACCGGUUUUGAAAAUGCAGCUGGAAGUCUUCUUGAGUUGUCCAUCCCGAUCUCAAAGUACAGUAAAAGUAAAGCUGUUACAAAGGACAAUCUCCUCUCUCCUGGUGUCCUCCGCCAAUGAGGAUGGGAGUUAUGAGGUGCAGAGCGUGCUGGGAAAGGAGGUGGGGUUAUUGAACUGCUACGUCCAGUCCGUAACUAGCCACCCCAACUGCGUUGGACUGGAGGAAAUUGUUCUUCUGGAAGCAGCAGCAGGAAGACACUGAGCUGAACUCUAGCCAUGGAACUAUCCUCACCCUGACUGUACAGAGACAUGGAUUACAGAUCAGAUAAGUAAUAUCAAAAUCUUCCUAUGCGUGCAUUGUUUGAGAUAUAGAAGAAUUAAUGUAAGAGUUCAGUCAGAGAUUAGAUUUUUUUUUCCCCCCUUCCCCUUUCAUGGUAUUUAAAAACCCCUUACAGAUCAGAGGAAGAAUGGUUUUGCGCAGGUCCAGUAUGUGAUUACCCAGCAGAAAAGGAACAGCAAACUUGUUGCUACAGAAAUCGUUUCUGCAGCCAAGGCCGAUAGUGGAAAGUCUUCAGUACGUCACGAUUACUACAGGGAUGACCCAGGUUUUGAAUCCCCCUUUUUUUUGCCCUCCUCCAAGUCUUUCAGUCUCUCACCUGCUUCCCUGUGAGGAAGAAGAGGAUGUCAGCCCAUUCCUGUGCACACGAUACCGCCCUGUAUGUGACAAGGGUGGCCCCUUCGAAACCAGCGAGAUUUCAGUCUCCUGGAAAGCACUGCCAGCUGGAGAUGCUUGUCCUGUCAGGUCGUUUUUCUGCCGGCGCCCUACAGAUGCCAUCAUCUUUGCACGUGCACUAUCAAACUUCAGACAAGUAGCCCAACCUUUCAUAAUGGCACCUCAGCAAGAGGUGGGCGUUGUUGCCUGCUCUCACUUUCACUGGCAGUCAUCAAAGUGCAGCGCAGUGAUAGCCUACAGAGGCCUGCAGUGCAUGGGUGCAACAACAUCUGCUUUGGGACCACAGCUGGAUCAGACUUAGGAGCGCCUUGGCGUAGGUGCAGCUUUACAUUGUCUGGAGUGGAAACUGCUUCGAGGUUCUUUUAGCAGAAAUGUUAAAUAACGGUGUUCUUGUGUACAUGUAUACUUUUAAUACAAUGUUCCUGGAAGCAUCCUGGCCAAACGCAGCCCCUCUUGCUGUGCGACCGCUGCUCCCCACAGCCAGCUCAGCGGCAACAACUGACUCAGCGUUUCUGCACAGCGAUGCAACUCCCGGGGCAAAGCCGACUUUGAAACGACCACGUGCAAGACUCCCAGUUAUCCCCACCAUCGCAUCCCCCCUCCUUCAGCUGCUUUAAAGCAGUAACACCGUGCACCUCUCCCUCCCUUCUCCUCCCCUCCCACCUCAGCCGCUUGACCCCCCAGACCCCCCCCAGCGCUGCCAGUUGGCAGCAGCUCUUGAGCAGCGCAAUUUCCCCCGCCGAGCCGCUGCUUUCAAGACACAGAGCAAACGAGAGCAGGGUUGAUUUAAAAUGCUUUUUUUUUUAUUCUUAGAAAUGCUGUAAAAAUUGAUAUAAAAGGUCGAGCAUGCUUAGUCUUUUUUUUUUUUUUUUCAUCCUACUGUCUAAAAUACAUGGGGUUUUGAAUCAUGUUAACAGAUGUACCAUAGCUGCAUCGGUAUGAGUAAAAUGUAGAAAAGACGAAAACUACCAUUACAAAAAUAAUUUAAGGGGAGAGGAAAAAAAAAAAAAAGAUUUAGCUUUUUUCUUUUUUUUUUUUCCUUUUUUUUUUUUCCGCAAGUUUCGUGGUGAAA